AUGUCUCAAAACCAGAAUAACUUCAAGGUCGAGAAUCUCUUCAGCGUCAAAGACUGGGUCGCUGUCGUCACCGGCGGCGGCACCGGCAUCGGUUUGAUGGCUGCACAGGCGUUGGCCAACAACGGCGCAAAAGUCUAUAUCGUCGGUCGUCGCAAGGAGGUCCUCGAUCGUACUGCCGAAGUCUGGGGCCAAUCUCUUGCGCACCCGUCCGGGAAGCUCAUCCCGCUCAUUGCCGACAUCGAUUCCAAGGAGUCCAUAUCCAAGUUAGUCGAGGAAGUUGGCAAGCGCGAGAAGUAUGUCAACGUACUUGUGAACAACGCUGGAAUCAGCAAGGGCUCUAGCGAGGUAGAGCAAGGCGAAGAGGGCGCCAAGCAAUUGCACGAUGAGCUAUGGUCAGAGAGCCUGAACGACUGGAUGGACGUCUACAAGACGAAUGUCGUCGGGCACUUCUUUACGGCCGUCGCAUUCCUUCCACUACUCAGCGCCGCAACGGAGAGUAUCGCUGGUCACUCGGGCUCGAUCAUCAACAUCACAUCCAUCUCUGGCAUCACACGCACAACGCAGCACCACUUCAAGUAUAACGUCUCGAAGGCGGCUGCGAACCAUCUCAACACGCUUCUCGCACAAGAGUUCUCGCGCCCAGGUGUCAAGGUUCGCGUAAACGCUAUCGCGCCCGGUGUCUUCCCGAGCGAGAUGACCACGAAGGAGUCGGACGACAAGAACAAGAGUUAUCAGAGCGCUGAGGGCUGGCGCGAAGAGAAACAGGUGCCUGCAGGCCGUCCGGGUAAGGACGAGGACAUGGCACAAGCUGUCUUACUCUUCGCCGUCAACCAGUACGCCAAUGGGCAAGUCACUGCUAUCGAUGGCGGUUACCUGCUCGGUCACCCCUGA